AUGCUGUCCCGCAAGGCCACGGCCAUCCUGCUGGUAGUGCACGCAGCCGCCAUGCUGGCCUCCCAGACGGAAGGCUUUGUUCCCAUCUUCACCUACGGCGAAGUCCAGAGGAUGCAAGAAAAGGAGAGGUACAAGGGGCAAAAGAAAUCCCUGAGUGUACAGCAGAGGUCAGAGGAGGUGGGCCCUGCGGACCCUGCGGAGCCCCGGGAAGACAAACAGGAGGUUAUCAAGCUGACUGCUCCUGUGGAAAUUGGAAUGAGGAUGAACUCCAGGCAGCUGGAAAAGUACCAGGCCACCCUGGAAGGGCUGCUGCGCAAGGUGCUGCCAUCCUCCCAGAACGAGGACCCGGAGCCUGCACUGUGCACGCUCCCACAGUUUCCGACGACGCACGUACUGAUCAACCCAAGCACAGCUGCGAGAUCCCGGGAAGCACUGCCAAGACAGCCGCUAAAAAAUGGGGAGAGAGGGCUGCAGCAAGGCACGUCGGAGGGUGCGGAGGAAAAGACACAGGAAUCUCGCUCUAAAGCGCGGGACUGCAGGGACCGGAUCCAGGACCCCUCCUCGCCCUUCCCAGCUUCCUUAAAUUCCUCCGCUCGUCAGUAA